AUGUUUGCCGGAAUUAACGUAAAAGAAGAUUAUCUUGGUGAUUCUGAAGAAAAUCGGACAGCCUCUUCCCAAUCUCCUCUAACGGCCAAUCUCAGAGAACAUUAUCUUAGCGAUGAAUCCUCUCCAUCUUCAUCACCAUCCGAGCCACUGGAAGAAGUUGCAGGCAUCAGUAAUAUUACCGAUGUAAACGAAAACACUACUCCCUCCUCUGUAGAUAUUAAUACGAGCUCUUUUGUGCUCAUCACUGCCAAUACUCAAUCUCCGCAACUUGCUCCAACCACUACUCUUGUAACAUUAUCAACUGCUGCUAUUGAUUCACAACAUCAAGAGCAUUCCAAAUCGGGAUCAUCAUCUCAGGAAAUGGUCCAUUCUCUUCAUAAUUUGCAGAACGAAGAUUCUGUCAUGGUUCAAUCCUUCUUGAAUGAAAGCACAAAGAGUCAAUCAACAAGUUUGCAUCCUCACUCAUCAGUGUUUGAGGAGUCAGCUGAGAUUGACACUGAAAGCGAAAGCAGCUUGCAUGAAGACCAAGCACUGCCUGCUGCUGUUGAUGCGAGGGAACCCAUCACUCUCAUUCCACAACAUGAAAAAUUAAUUGAUGUUUCCAACAAUGAGUCUUAUACGACCACUGCAACUAUUGAGACAAGUUCUUCGGUGAUUACCUCAACAACACUCUCGUGUGUUGGAGAAUCAGUACAACCCUCACAACAAACCACAACCAUACCAUCUAUUCACAGCAUGGCCAACACUGCCUCUUCUUCGAUUCUCAACGUAGAUAUGUCAAGUCCAACCUGGAUGGAUGUUCUCAUUAUUCCCACAAGUUCUCACUUUUCCUUAUUCCUUAACACUGGGCUCAUUGCAUGUGUAACUGUCAUUGUAAUGUCUAUCAAUGAGAUGCUAUUCCAUGAGUAA